GUGCACACGCCAAAUGAUGGUCCCGCCCCCAAAAACGUGGCCAUCAUCCCUCGUGGACGCCUUCACCCCACAACACCAUGCGGAACACCAGAAUUGGCUGGAAAAUACCUUCAAAAACGGGCCGGAGCUUCAAUGCAGCCUCGUGGUCAUGACGUGCAGCAGACCGCAAAUAGACGUGAAGUAGACUAUUGAUCCUCCCAGAUCGUGAGCCACGAAUCUCUUUUAGAACUCUAGGCGUCCCAUACCUCAAGUCCGCCCAUGAUCACGGAAAUUAUAUCUUAGGCGGUCCAAGUCCUCGCAGAUGCUCACGACUUAGAUCAUAUUUGUGACAAGAUCGAGGAAAGGAUACAUAUCUGACCCCAAAACGUCUCAGAGUGCCUGCAAACAAGCUGGCAAUGCCGCAAAAUGCAAGCUUUGUCAGUCAGGGCGACUGCAAGUCGGAUUUAUUGUUUAUCUUCGUCGCGUUCGGUGCUGUCGCAUUAUGGUCAACAGUGCCACUCACCAUCCGAGUCUUGACUACACUGAACACCCGGUCAGGCAUGUUCUUCUGGUCUCUCAUGGCAACUACCUGGGGUCUAUGCCUGCGUCAGAUCGGGUUCAUUGCCAAGUCUGUACCCGGCAAGUGUCCGUGGCCGCUUGCGCAAGCAAUGCUGCAAAUCGGAUGGAUCGCGAUGGUUUCGGGAUUCUCAAUGGUCCUGUACAGUCGCCUCAGUAUCAUCUGCCACAACAGGAACGUGCGGCGCGCAAUUCUUUUCAUGAUCAUCUUCAACGGCAUAGUCUGGCACAGUUCCAUGACCAUUAUCUCGUUUGGCAAAGUUUGGACUCGGAAUGGCAAACGGCAUGAUCUGCUCAGGAUAUGGGAGCGGGUCCAUAAUCCUUUCGAGCGAUGUCAGAUCAUCUUCUUCACCCUUCAAGAGACAAUGAUCGCAUGCUUCUACAUCCACACCGCGUACAAGUACCUCAAGAAUGGAUUCGCUCGUAAGCGACAAAAGCGCACGGCCAUCACCUUGCUACUUGUGGUACAGCUCAUCAUUGUUGCAAUCGACGUAGCCAUGAUCACAAUCGAUUUCCUCGAUUUGAUCACGCUCAAAGUCUCGGUCCACUCAUUCUCAUAUGCGAUCAAAUUGGAGCUGGAGUUUGUGGUCCUUACUCAGCUGGUUGAGCUAUCUAAGCUUGGACUAGCAAAUAGUCCUACCGGGCAGCGCCAGUCCCGAGAUAUGGAGCAGGGAUUCGACAGACCUGGCUCACAUGUUUCCCAGGCACAAACAAUUCGAAUUUCUCACUCUCGCUGUUCGAAAAGUGGCUCAUGGGCAUCUUUGACGGCCUCGGAGCAGUCCAGCCUCAAAGUCAUUGCCGUGUCAAAGCAGUUUGGUGUCAGUAAUAGCAGUGUGCCAUAAGAGAGACGAGGUCGCUAGAUUGAUUCCUAUUGCCAGAUCCUUCACUUCAAUGAGAUUGUGGACGACAGAUUUCCACACGUGACUGAUUGAGUAGUACAGCUGUUGUCGAAUCGAGCUUUUAGCCAAUCACAUAACAAUAUCGGUAUUGCAUGCUUCGUUGCUCUCAUCAAAGUUCAUGUAGACGUGAUAUAGAUACCCGAG